GAAUCCCUUGUGGGGCUCGAAGCGGUGGUUGAAACGGCUGCUGAGGGGCAGGAGAUGCCGGGGUCGUGCCCUGCCCCCGGCUGGUGUUGCAGCGCUUGGCCUGCAGCCCGUGCUCCUUGCUGCCGCAGUUCAACGUGUGACCAGAAAGCAAGGUUGUUGAGGGAUACCCAGCGCCAAAAAUAGAGAAGAUUGCCGAGGAAGGAAAUAGCUCGUUUUCCUGUGAAGAGAAGGAACCCAACAGAACAACACAUGGGCUUGUUUGAAGAGGGGCUGGGGCUGAUCAGGUGAUUCCAGUGUAGGUUCUGCUCUUUAUAAAGCAGUAUAAACCCUACAGAGCCAUUCUAGAGACCUACUAUUGUAAAUUAAAUUAAAUCAAAUCCCUUAAUUAUGUAGCAGUAUACCAGGAGAAUUAUUUGCUGUAUGUGGGGGAGGUUUUUCUGCUUUCUGUAGGAGCGUUGUGUAGGAGCUUAGGCAUUUUCCAGAGUAUUAUGCUCUCUACAAUGUAAGUAUGUUAGAAAGGUUUCACUUCUGUUCACCUUAGUACAUGCUUUUAGAGCACAGUGUUACUCCCUCAGCAGGUAAAGUUUUCAGUUGCUUAAAACCCUGAAGACAUACUUGCAUCUAUCCAUACUGGUUUUGUGUGUUCAGCAGGGAGUCUGCUGCUGUGUUACACAACACAGGUACAAAUGCUGGAAUAUUUGGUGUGUGAUGUGAAUAAUCUCCUAUGUCACCAUGUUUGUUUUGAGAUCUUACUAUUGUUUCUGUAUAAAUGCUGAAAGGGAAGUCCUGAAAGACAUGAAGCUAUUGAAUUUCUUGCUGUGUUCUAGUCCUUGCACGAGGCCUCCCUGCCCUUUGUUUUCUAGCUGUGUUCGUACACAGAGGAGAGGCAAUAAUUCCUCUCUGUGAUGUUUCCCAGGUUAUUCAGAAUCAGUUCUCAUGUCAGCAGAAAGCUCAACAGUCACGGUUCGUCUUGUUCGCUCUUUUGAACACCGGAACUUCAGACCUGUGGUGUAUCAUGGAGUUAACUUGGAUCAGACAGUCAAGCAGUUCAUCACUUUUGUGCAGAAGGAUGUGCCUUCAAGAACAGGACUUCCUCCUCCUUUCAGGAAUUACAAGUAUGAUACCAUGAAGAUCAUUCACCAAGCACACAAAUCUAAGACUGGUGAACUUGUAGUGAGUUUGGAAGAUGAUGAGAAGCUGAUUUUGAAGGAAGACAGUACACUGAAAGCAGCUGGAGUAGCAGGUGGUGAGACCAACAGGAAAGGAGGAAGAAGAGGAAGUGCUACUGACUUGGGAGGAGUUGGAGGAAAAGCAAGAGGAGGCAGCAGCUGGCUUCCCCAGGAAAGGACCAUGAAAAGAUGAUGACUAUGGUGAUCACACUGCCUUGUGAACAGAGCACUUGUUUUGCCUGAGCACACUGUAUUCCUGAGGGCAUCUUCAAGACAUGCCACAGGCAUAGCUGCUCUGCUGAGCGGCUGUCACAGGCAAGGAGAUAUGUCUGGGAAGAGGACCUUGGUAUAAAGCAGCAGCAGAAGGUACCGACUGACUCAGCGGUACCUUCUCUAGGGUGAGGCAAGGCUGGUGCAUGGAUGUGCACAGCACACCUUCCCCAGGGACCCCAGGGACUUAGCCAACACCCAAGGGUGCUGGAUGAAUACAAAUACCACUUAUUUCACUGCUGCUCAGAACAGCCAUCCUGUCCCAAGCUAAGCUGGCUACUGCAGAGGGAACUAAUGCUACCUGCAUGGUUGCUUUCUUCCAUCUGGGAGCCUUCUUUGAUGAUUUUUAAUGUUUUUUAAAGCCAGCUCUGCUAGAGUGCUGCCUCCUGCACCCCCCUUUGGCAAGGACACCCUUGCAGUGAGAACUGUAUUUAUUCCAAGUACCUGAAGAGAUGCACGUUGGUAUCUAUCAGAGCUUGCUCAUGAUCAGUUGCUGGUAUCAGCAUACUUCUGUGUGGACAUGUUAUCUACAGACCCUGAUCCUUGAAGCCUGGGGUCGUGGGGAGCUCAUAGGACAUUUUUUCUGAAUACUACAGUGGAAUAUCCAUAUGAAGUAAAUGGAAAAGCAUAUGCAAGUGUUACCACAAUCAAGGCUUUAGAGAGACUCACUCACAACCUGAGAACCUGGAAAGAGGAUGGAAGCAAUUUCUGUCUUAGUUCUUUAAAAUCUAGGAAAAAUUCUCAAAAUGUUCAAGUGAUUUAGGCCCCAAAGUACCUAAGGGCUUUUGGAAACUGGAUAUUAGUUCCCACAUCACUGACAUGCUAUCAAAAUGCUUUAGCCUUUCAGUUAAGCUGCAUUUCACUUAGAUGAAGAUGAGAAGCUGCUUAAUCCACUGUAGGGCUGCAGGAAAAAAAUGACCUUAUGAAAAAGCUGUAAACUAAAAUUUGCAAAUAAUUAGCAUUUUCCUCCAUCAUGGGGUUGACAAAAAGCUAAUUCUAAUAAGUGAUGGUGAACUUACAGGUAACAUAUUGGUGGGUUUUAUUCCUUGCUAUGUGAUAUUUCUUACCACGGCUGCCAGUGCCUUCCCCACCUCUCAAGAGAGCAGCAUGGCUGGCCUAGUUCUUCCACCACUGAAAAAAAAAUGUGUUUCCCCUGAAUCUAAACCUGCUUCUAUUUAGGGGUGUGAUGUUACAAGGUCACAGUCAAAGCAUAGCUCCUAGCAAUAAAAAGCAAAACAAACAAAAAAUAAAUAGCAAAGCAAACAAAACAAAAAUUAUUUUGCUUUCAAAAAGCCUGUUUUCCUGGGGUUUGAUGUGUUGUUUUUUUUUAAAACCAAAGACAGGUUGAGUCAUCAACAUUUUCUUCCUUACAAUUACAAAGGAAAUAAAAUACGUGCAGUGACUAUGGGA